UCCGCGGCGGCCUAUCGUCUGUUGGUCCUGCUGCUGCUGCUUUGACAGGAGCCGAUAAAGCGGCGCCGCGGACUUCGCCCGGCCGUGCUUCAACCGCGCAGGAGAUAAAACGAGAGAAGCCUCUUUUUCCGAGUCGGCGCUCGCCCGUGCGGACAUCGGGAAAAGUGUUCUCCUCCCUCGCACUUUCAUGCGUCGACCGGGCCCACCCGACCGCACCGUCCGUCCGCUGUAGGCGAACGAGUGUUUUGGGCUUCUGGCUGGACCAGCGUGGUUUCCGCGCCUGCCAGAACCACUACUUGGCGGUGCUUCGGCGCAAGCUCUUCGAAGCGGACGGCGCUACCAACGGCCGCAGCUGGGCAGUCCCGUCAUUCGCCCCCUGUACGGGAACUGCGAGCGAAGAAUGGCACGCGACCGGCCCCAUGUGCACGUCCUGCGCGUGACACCCAGGAUGCUGAGCCGCCCUGAGCGAAGGAGCAGCGGCAGUGCCACAGCCAUGAAGCGCUGCCAGACCUUCUGCAUGCGCGUGAGCAUGCUCAUAGCGCUCGUGGCCGUGCUGCUGGGUGCCAUGUGUCUCAUCAUGCUGCGCUUCCCCGAGAAAGACGUGCACAUGGCCUCCACCGACAUGCGGCUCGUCGAGGCCGUCUCCAACGUAUGGUGCGGCGGACAGGAGUUUGUGUCGGCGCACCCGUUCAGUGUUUACCGCGUCAAUGACCUUCCGCCGGCUGUUCCGGCCAACCACAUCCAUCACACCAUAGAGCUGUCUGCCAGUGUACCCUCGGGAAAGUUCCACUACCUACGCUACUAUUUGCUGCCGGGCUCCAACGUGACAGCCGACGUGAUGGCCGACGGGCCCGGGGGCACAGUGCAUGCCAUCCGUGGCGAAGAGGAACUGCAGAGGUGCAUCCGCACGCUGCAGGAACAAGUGGAAGACGACUACGGCAGCUCCGAGGAAGACGACGACGAGGACACAUCCAGGCGCCUGCCUGCCUUCUACCGCUGGGCUAUCAAAUCGAAGCGCGUGCAUCCAUCGGACACGUUGGACGCGGCUCAUCUCACCUUCCGGGCCACUGCGGCGGACCUCUAUUACGUUCUCCUUGUAAACGAAAACCGGUCCUCGUCCUCGCUGGUGAACUUCAACAUCCGCGUCGACCUGAACCGCACCGUGUUCGGCGUGAGCCCCCAGGACGUGGUGUGCCUCGAGCAGACGCACUGUGUGUACCACGUCCAUUUCGGCGCAGAGGACAGGCUCAUCCUACAUGUGCCACGAGAGAGGGACGCCGGCAACGCCGUAUUCACCAUAACUACGUCGUGCCGGCCCCGCGUGUUCUUCUACGCGCUUCUGUUCAUCCUCAUACCCAUCCUAUUCCUGGUGUUCUUGGGUGCCGUGAUACGGGCCUUCAGUUAUCUCGCAAAUUCAUCGACAGACGAAGGGAAGUACCUGCGCUUUCGACUCUUCGGCGAGGACGAGAGGACGCGACGGCGUCGUAGGAGGCUCGAGGAACUGGUAGCAUCGCAAAGUCGCGAGGUCCAGGAGUGUGUGGCCGUCGGCAGUGGUGUAGCGGUGUCUGCCGAUCCCGCUGCCGAGCACUUCCUCGUGUACCACGUGCCCGGCUUGGACCCGCCGCCCAGGACUCCACCGCCAUGCUACGCGUCACUGCGGACUCAGCAGGAGCCUCCCGCGGUGCCCGAGGACGAAUCUCUGCUGGGCGAUGUUGUGCCUCCUAUCGAUGCCCCGACGCCCAUUCAACCACCUCGCUACUCCGAAGUGCUGCGGCAAGAGAACGCAGCGGACUUGCUCAUUCCCUUGGAGCCCAUCCUGGCGCCGGAGAGGAGUGCUCAGGAGGCUGGACCCGGAGCAACGGCUGCUCCAUCCGUCCAGCCCAUGUGACCGGUUGUCUAGUCUUGUGCUCGCGUCUAGCGCCUGCGAAAUGGACCCAUUCGCACCAAGCCACCGAGACGGUUCGUCCCCAAUAAAGAACGCACUUCUCGUUCACAUCUGCGGCAGAACAGAACGCAAGCGAUGUCCCCGACUCUGUCGCACUUGUGCUUGUGUCGUGCUAGCUGUUGCCAGGACCGGCAAGGAAUGUUGGCGAAUACCCACCUUGUGCACGUAUAACUCCCGGCAGAGUGCGAAAAGACAUGCCUGUGUGCGGGAUCGCAAUUUUCAGUCGGUGCAAACAGUACUACGAAAGCAUUGUGGUUUGAGGACACCGUCGAGCGUCCGCAGUGACGCUGACGCUUGACAAGUGCUAAGUAAGCCUAUAUGUGCCUGUGAAGCUACGAAGGAACUUUAUUAGUGCGCUGCGCUUUUUUCUUUCUUUCGCGAAAGUAUGUAACAAGUGAAUGUGCCAUAACUCCUCGGCAGGUUGCUCUUAGCUAUGUGAGAGUCUUCCAAAGUGAAUAGUCAAAUUACGUCUGGGCAGCACGUAUUCUUGCGAUAAAUAAUAUGCUUUCCAAGCUC